UCGAGCUGCGAUAUGGUCUCUGCUGCAUUGCUGCUUAGAAGCCGCUUGACAAUAUCGCAUAUGACCUCGAGCAUUGAUGCUCUCACGGUGGCUGAAGUGAACAUGCAGUUGGCAGCAAUGUCACCGUACCUGGUUAUAAUGAAGGUUAGUAUGGGUGCAUUUGCAGCCUUCACCCUGUACCCACCAACAUCGACUGUGAUGCUGCGGGCUUCGACAGCAUGAUCACUCGAGUCAUGUGCUGGUGAAUUUGCAUUGCACAUCAUGCAAUGUCCUCCUUUUUGUCCUUUUUCCAGAAGCAUCCCGAAGAAGGAAUAGAUUAUUAACAUGAGUAAGACACUCACGUAGAGUUUCUUCAUUCAGCUUAUAAGUUUCAGGAUAAAAGAGAUAGAAGAGAUCACACAGUAAACAAUGGACCAACUCAUCCCAUCUGGCUUCAAUAUGCUGCGGACAAGCACGCCUUGCUCAGAGGAAUUUGUCCUCCUAUUCUUCCUAUGUGAAGCAGAAGCCUAAAUUGGAUUUUCACAGAAUAUUAUCGAAGGUAAUUUUUACACGAGCCAACUAUAAAGAUGCAUUAUCUACUUCUCCAGAGUUCCUAAAUUUCUAACACUUUGCCCCUAGUCAUUAAAAAAGUGCAUAAUGACCAAAUAAACUUUGUGAUCAGCAUCCCCGGAAACAUCAUCAGUCAAUUUUAUGUUCUACACCAUCUUAUCUUACACUUAAAAAAUAUUUAACCUGAUGCAUUAGUACUUCACAUACCUUAUAAGUUAUAACCUUUGUCCAUCUCCUAAUGUCUCAAAUUCCUCGUACAUGCGGCGGCUGCAUUUCUGUAUGCUCCAAAGCUAAGGAGGUUGUUCCAGGAUUGGUGGUUCUCCGACAAUGAUACCAAAAGGUCAUGCGGGAGCAGUUGGAACCGAAGGUGGUUGUCUUACAUUUUGAGUAUUUAACACCGGAUUACAAUACUACUUGGCUGAGCACCGCUCACUUGACAGAUAUAUACAAUGAGUUGCUCUCUGAUGUAGAUCGUCCUUUUGAGGUUGUUUUCAUUGCUGUUGGUGAUGGGAAGGAAGAUGAAUUCCGGGAUAUGUUUUGUUCAAUGCCGUGGACUGCAGUUCCUUUCUCAGAUUCGGUAGCUAGGAAGCAAUUGGCAAAAAAAUUCAUUGCCUCCGAAUCUCGAGGUUUUGAUGCUCCAGCCUCAAUUGUGAUCAGCAACACUGGUGUGAUAAUGCAACACAAUGCCAUUUCACUCUUCCAAGCAUAUGGAGCUGCAGGUUAUCCUUUUUCUAAACAAAAAAUAGAACACCUUAUUUCCCAAGAUGAUAGAGCUCGAUAUUAUCCAUCUCUCACGGCGCUUUUGGCCUCCCCUCAACGUGACUAUCUCAUUAAUAAUAAAGGGCACAAGGUGAAUAUUAGUGAACUUGAAGAUAAGACAGUGAUAUUGUAUCUUUAUGAAUCGGGUUGUACCAAAGCUUUGACGGCACGGCUUAAGGAUGCGUACAAAGUCUUGGUCGAAGAAGAAAAAAUGAAGUUGGAGGUUGUACUUGUUUAUAUAUAUGACUCCUGGAAUACACUUGGGCGCACAAAUGAAAAAUCUUUCAUGCAAGAAUUUGGGACAAUGCCUUGGUUGGCCCUUCCAUUUAGAGACUCAAACUGUAAGAAAUUGCAACGUGUGUACCUAUAUCCGUCUGAGUUGGGGGGACCACAGCCGGAUCCUUCACUUGUUGUCAUUGGACCAUAUGGACAGUACUUUGAACCUUUUGGUGCCAGUGAUGUGUUGAUGAAGUUUGGUUCUCGAGGGUACCCUUUUACACGCAAAAGAGGUCUUCAUUUGCAGGUUGAGGCAAUAAAGAAGGUGAACCUUAGUAUGUUAUGGGAUCCAGAACCUGUCUUCAUUCGAGGGUGUGGUUCAGAGGUUCCUUGUUCUGAUAUUGUCAGUAAGGGAGUUAUUGUAUUUUGUGAUGCUGUACAAAAUGAGUUGUACAUCCGGUUCAAGAUCAAGCUCCAAGAAGUGUAUCAAAAAAAAAGAGGUCAGAGUGAUGAGUUUGAGGUGAUACACAUCGGAUCAAAGAAGGGGCAAGAAGUGCCAUGGUUGAGACUGCAUCCCGAUUACCCGUACAAGGACUCGACUGUGAGAAAAAUAUUGCAUGAUAUAUUCCAUUAUGGUUAUGGUAUCCUGGUAUUUGAUCAUGAUGGCAAGGUUGUGAGGGCAACCUCCAAUCCUCACAUGGAAAGAGAGGAUGAGUUUCCUUUCCAUUAUGGUCGUUUCGAAACGGAAAUUGGCUUUGACUUGAUAGAGAGGUUCCAUUGGGACUUUUGGGACUAAUGUAGACUGACUUCUGCAUUGCACCUUAAUAUAAUACUUGUGUACAAGGGGGCUAAUAUUCUGAUUAGUUAGUAUUGUUAAGUAUUCAAGUUAUUGCUGACUCGUUGAAUGAUUGUAGCAUUUGUGCAUUUUGAUAUUAAGAAUUAUGUUAUUUUUUGCUGGUGA